UCAACGGCGAACUCUCACAGUGACAUUAGUCAGGUCGACGGCCCUCUGAGGAGGUCUCUCUGCUCUCCUCUCUGUCUUCACUUUUUGGUUCGGGUGGACGUUUUCGCAUCUCCGCUGUCAGGAUGUCUCCGUCCACGUCCCCCCGGUUCUUCACGGAGCGGGAGGUGGCCUCCCACUGCACCAAGGACUCCUGCUGGGUGCUGCUGGGGACCAGGGUGUACGAUGUGACCGCUUUCUUGCGGAUGCACCCGGGAGGGGAGGCGCUGAUUCUGCGCAGGUCGGGCAAGGAUGUGAGUGGGGAAAUGGAAGGACCCCCACACCGGCACUCGGAGAACGCCCGGCGGUGGAUGGAGCAGUACUACAUCGGGGAGCUGGACAGGGACAGAGGCACCGACGAGACACAGACUCUGAGAGAGAGGAGGAAGGCCAGCGAAGAGACGGCAGAAAAGAUGACAGACAAGAAGGUGCAAGAGGAGGAUGAGAACUCCCCGUUCAACAUCUGCAGCUCUGUGGACCUGGACAAGGAUUUGGUAGACUGGCGGAAGCCCCUGGCUUGGCAGGUUGGCCACCUCAGAGAGAAAUAUGAUGCAUGGGUUCACCAGCCAGUCGACAGACCAAUCAGACUGUUUGGAAAUCCCUUCCUGGAGGCCAGCACCAAGACUUCCUGGUACUGGGUACCAGUGGUGUGGCUUCCCAUUGUGUUUUACUUCAGUUGGCAUUGCUACACCACCCUGGCAGAGGGCACCACCAGGAUAGUUCUCACUUCAGACUUCUCCAUCCCCAUCUCCAAGUACAUUUUCCCGCUGCUCUUUUUGACGGGCUGGUUCUUGUGGUCACUCAUCGAGUACUGCAUCCAUCGCUUUGUCUUUCACAUGAAACCACCAGCCCAUAACUACUACCUCAUCACGAUACACUUCCUCCUGCACGGACAGCACCACAAGUCUCCAUUUGAUGGCUCUCGGCUGGUCUUCCCGCCCGGCCUGGCCUCCUUAGUGGUGGGAAGUUUCUACUUAAUCCUCCGACACACGAUGCCAGAUAUCCUUGGGAUAUGCGUGUUUGUCGGGGGGCUGUGUGGCUAUGUCGUGUACGAUAUGAUCCACUACUACCUUCACUAUGGCUCGCCUAAGAGAGGCUCGUAUAUGUACAGCCUGAAGGCCUACCACGUCAAACACCACUUUGAGCACCAGAGAGCAGGUUUCGGAAUCACCUCCACGUUCUGGGACCACCCCUUCAACACAGUCAUCCCUGAUGAAAAAUUCUAACACAAAAACGGCUCUCCUGAAGGGCCACAGGACUUAUCAGCCACCCUCUCCACAGCCAUAGCUUUCACAACCAAGGAGGAAAUUCCACUUCCGAGGACCCCUGGGCCACUGCAACUAAUCCCCCCCUGCGCAUAUCAAUCUGCUAUUUGAUUCCAGCCAGAAAAACACAUUUGCUCAUCUAUAGGUGUGUGUAUUGCCUCACUGCAAUCAUUGCUGCACAGUUGCAAGGCCUUUCUGUGCCAUUUUUAUAACCAAACCAGCAUCUGCUACUGCUGUGCUCCCCACUGCACUGACCUCACCAGCCAAACCGUCGCCUGAUAGCCAUUCACAACAUCAUAAUGUACAGCCAGGAGUUGGGCCAUGGAGAGAAAGAGAGGGCCACAUACACACAUGAAUCUAUGUAUUUUGAUUGUUACGUUUUCAUUUAAUUUAAAGGAAUCAAAUGAUUCCUCUAUAGCUGCAGAAUACUGUAGGGCACAUUCAGAAUCACACUGAAAAAUCUCCAAAAAUACUCAAUAUACACGCUCUGUUCCUGGUUCCUGAACAUUCAGCAUAAUACAAAUGAAUGUAGACCCACAUCCACAAACUGAAAUUUACACACACACACACACACACACACACACACACACAAACACGUUGUCCUAGUGUCCCUCAGAGUCAGAGAGAGGGAACAGGAAGUGAUAGAUGGUUGGUGAAUGUGGAAGACAAGAGUAGCAAGGGGAUGUGACAGAAGAACAGAAAGUGUGAAAGAGUGUGUGUUGAGACUGUGAGUGAGAGAGAGAAAGAGAGCGAGACCAAACUGGUGAACCAACUCAGGAAAAAAACAAAACAAUUGUUCCUUCCUCCACACUAUCGCACACUGCUACUCUCACUUACACUGCAGGUAACCACACACAGAAAUUCUUUGGUCUCACGGUAGUUUUUGGAAGCAGCUGUGAACAGAAAUCAUCUGGUUUCAGAUAUUUCAACAUGCUGAGAUCGUUUAGAUUUAACUUAUUAAUUAUCAGCAAAGCUGCAGAAGUGAAAUUAUACUGUAACGCGUUGAUUUGAUGUACUGUUAAUGUCAUCUAAAUGUUUGAAACCACUGUGGAGAUAUAUUUUUGCAAGUUGAUUGUAAUAUUUCCUCUGUUCUCUUUUGUUUUUGUCAUUAAUGAUACAACAAAGAUAUAGAAAAAAUAUUUUAUAAGAUGCUUUGUACAGAAGAGGAAGUUCUUUUAUUGCACCAGCUUUACAUUGAGUGAGCAGAUGUUUUCUUAUUGGUUUAUUGGUAUAAGAAAACAGGUGCAUUAAGGUGUAAAAUGGGUGGAUGGUAGUGUGUUGUCAUGGUGUCAGAGGGACAGAGCUGAGGCGUGAGGCCAGGCUGUCAGACCUCCUGCUGUGGGGAUCUCGGGGUCACAGGGUCAGCUAGGUCAGUGGUUCUCAACCUUUUUGGUGUCCAGGACCCCCGAAUUAAUACAAAUCAGGCUGUGGAUAACUUUCGUAUACACUCUUUCAUUGAGCUAACUUCUAGUGAAUGAAAUAAUAGUGAAAUUAAAAUAUACCCACUGCAAACUCCUCAACGUCCCCAGUUUGAGAACCACUGAGCUAGGUGAUAAGGUUUAUGUGGCCCUGCAGACCCCCUCAGGAUGACGAUGGAUGAACCAUCUGACUGAACAGCAGGAGGUCCUGAUGGUGACUGGCGGAUCCUUGAAAUGUCCCCUCUAAAAACACUGAUAACUGAAGCAGAACAAACGUAAUCAAUAACAUAAAUAGGUAGAGCAUAGUGAUAUACAACAACUGCAGAAAAUCUUUUUUUAUCAACCUUUUUAGUUUGAAGAAAUACUCCCACUUACAUAAUAUAUAUGUACAUACAUUCUUACACAUGUAACAUAACAUGCAAAAUCUAUUAAAGAGUUAUUAAAGUUUUUCAGAGUACAGAGUAAACUAAUACAGUAAGGUGAUUCCAUUUGCUUUUUUCUUGCUAUUCAGAGCAGCAAUAUUAAUCAAGUCUUCAGGUAAACCUUAAUAGGGCUGUGAAAAAAAACAAUGUUUGCAUUGGGGAUGCAGGUUUGAGCUGUAACUGCACCAAAAGGUGUCACUGUGUGUCUUGUGCUCCACAAGUUGAUAAUGAAUGUACAAGGCAUCAUGAGGAAAGAAUUCUGAUUUGAUAUAAUCUCUAUGUACCACAGAGAUUCUAAAAGAACCAAAAUUAUUUUUUAUUGUCGGUAAUGAUGGUGGAGAUAGUGAUGACUGCAAUGAUAAUGAUAAUGCAUACGGAUUGUGACGGCUGCUUGGCAAAGGGAAAUGAUUCCACCUGUUGUAAUAGGAUCUUAUUUAUGUAUAUUUAUAUGAUACAGAUGAAAAAAAUAGCUUGUUUGCUUCGAUUCUGACAAGUGAACUUUUCCUUGUGCUAAAUUAUGCAGCGUAAAAUAAUAUUUCUAAAAUCUGUUUACUAUAAUAUCUUUUAACUUUUAUCUUUGAAUUUUAAAUGCCUAUGCAAAUGCGAAUGUAUUUGUAAAUAAAUAUCUGUAUAUUUCUGA